UAUUUAGAGGUAGUUGUACACAUUACUUGUGUGUUUUGUUAGUUGUUUUGUGCUGCCGUGUAUAUAUCGCCUCUUACUAACCAUUUACACUUGGACAUCUCAAAUUGGAAUAUCGUGUGCAAUACAUGAUACAAUCAACAAUUGUGGAUUUUCCUUUGACCUUCAGGCGUAUUGUAUGUGUUGAGAUUGGUCAAUCGACCUGAUUUCAAUUUCGAAUCGACCAAGUGUAAAAUUCAAUAAAGAAAGAAGUUUUAGUGAAAGUGGACCAUCGAUAAUUGAGUAAAUGAAUGAGGCGCAACACUGCAUAAUUUCAUUCACGGCUGGUCAUUCGAUGGAUUUAAUUUUAUAAAUUGUGCAAUGAAAAGAAGCCUAACGAAAACGUGUGACCAAAUUAACUCGUGACGAAUGUGUGAAUUGAGAGACUCAACGAGCAUGCAAAUGAAUGCAUCAUAAAAAUGAAAUAGGCUUUUUUUUUAUUUAAAGCGAAUCGACGCAUAAGAACAUUCGUAAAUAUUAAAUGACAACAAUAGUAAAAUUAGAAUAGUGUUUAAAAUAUAGUGCGGUAACAAUAGUGAAUAGAAAAUUGAUUUGUGGAUCGUGAAAAGAAGAUUUUCUUUUCAAAACGGUACGGUCAAUAAAAUAAAAUCGAUUUUACGUGAAGAAUUCAAUUUUAUUCGAUUUUUUUUUCGUUCGCUUAAUAUUGUUAAAGUUUCACAACGUUUUGGAUCAUUUGUGUGAUAAUUAUUUGGACCGUUCGGAGAGAAACUUCUUACAAUUAUCAACGCAUAUCAAUGAAUGUAGAACGAAAAUUCGGUGCAACUUUGCGUUGAAAAUGAGUACGAAACAGCAAAAACAUCAAUAACAAAUUAUGAAAAUAAAGAGAAAACGUAAAAAAAAAUUAAAAUAAAAUGUGUGAUAUGUAUUGGUGUGAUGAUUUUUUAGUGUGAGUGCAGAACAAGUUUGCCGAGUGAGAGCAAAAGAGAGAGAGAGCGAGAGAAAAUUAUACAGAAAAAAAGAAACCAAAACAUAUAGAGAACAAAACGACAAACAAAUCACACGAAAUUGGAAUAUCAAGAUCAUAAUAAUAAUAAUCGUGCAAAAAAAAGAGUGUUUUGCGUCAGUAUAAGUGUCAGUCAGUGUAUGUAUGUGUGUGUAUAUAAAAAAUUCAAUCAAAAUGUGUAGAAAAAGUGCGGCGGUUUUGAUUUAUUUCGGAUUACUUUUGUUUGGCGUUGUAGUCGGCGAUAUUGAGCCACAGCUAGAUAAUAAUGCAGAUAUCAUACAAACUAAAGAAACAAGUACGACCAAUUCAAUAAAAGUGACGACCGAAAGUUUGGAGCUAUUGUCAACACCAGAAAAGCUGUCAGAUCAAAAUGAUGAAGAGGAAAGUAGUACAAUUGCACAAAUGGCAAAAUUAAGAUCAACAAUUGCGCCAACAACAGCGCCACAGCUACAGUCAACAACGGAAAAGUCAACAACGAUCGUAACAACAGAAGAUGUCAACGAAGACGAGGAAGAAGGAAGUACGGUUACUGUGUUUGCCAAAACUGAAAUGCCGAUUGGUGAACAGAGCAAUGAUUCACCUACUAGCAACGAUGAUAGCAAAGAUGAAACAACCAUUAAAAACACAAAUGCAGAGCGUGUAACGGCGAAUGAUGUAACAACGGUGACAACAGAACCCGUUACUGUACCACAAGCAAAGUCGGAAUUUGUUAGUAGCUCAACCACGGCAAGCAUUACAAAACCAAAUGAACGAACACGAAUUGUAUCAAAAGAUGAUAUUGAAUCAAUUCGAGGACGUGCAUUGAAUUUAAGUGGUGUUGAACACAGGCAGCCAGCAUCCGGUGUAAUUUAUGUAACUGCGCCUCCGACCCAAUCGAUGCCAAAGUCUUUGAAAACAUUCAGCGACGAUCUAAGUGAUGUCAGCAUGGAUAAUGAUGGCAUGGAAGUUCACAGCAGUGAACACAUUGCACCAACUCAAACGGCCACAUUGACUCAUGAACCGGAAUGUCUAUCAAAGGAUGGAUGCAAUAAUGCUGAAGAUAAAGUUUCUCCAUCACUUUUCCAUGAAUCAGGUUCAAUGGAAACAGUAUCAGCUGCUGUCGAACAAGAUUCAUCCGAAGUUCCGACAAAAAAGAUUUUAGAACAAGCGAUGCAUGGAAAAUCACCACCAGCGAUCGUUCAAAACAAUGAUUAUUGCAUGUUUAAAGGUAAAAAAUAUGCCAUACAUGAACAAAUCGAAGAUGGGUGUGAACAAAUCUGUAGAUGUGUUGCAUCGACGGUAAGUGUUGAAUGUGAACCGCGUUGUCCAAAAAUGAAUCACACAACAGCAACCCAUGAUCAAUGUGUAACCGUUCCCGAUCCAAAAGAUGUAUGUUGUCACAUCGAAUUGUGCGAUGUUACACUAAACGAUCAUGAACAAAUGGGGGCUAUAGCCAUUGUUCCAGCACCACCAUCGUUUGUUGAUGCAUCGAAACAUAAAAAAGAAAAUCGAACAAUGAUCGAAUAUAAAGAACGUGCAUCGAGUUCUGCCAGUUCAAUUCCGGCAAUGUCUUCAGCUGAUGACAAUGAUUCCGAUAAUAAUUUCGAUUGCGAGCACAAUGGCAACAAAUAUAAAAAAGGUCAACAAUUCAAUGAAGGUUGUGAUUCAUUGUGUAUUUGCAUGGCUGAGGGUGUGCAUUGCGAAAAAAUCGAAUGUCCUUCAACAUUUGGAUUGGAAAUCAUGGAUCCACACUGUUUGGAAUGGGCACCAGAACCAGCAACAUUUCGUGCUAUUGUGCCAAAAUGUUGCCCAGAGCGAAUGCGUUGCAUUGACAAUGGAACCUGUGAAUAUAAAGGACAGUAUUUCGAUAAUUGGAGUGAUAUACCAGCAAAUUUGACCGGAUGUGAGCAGCAUUGUUUCUGUGAACGUGGAAAAGUUGAGUGUCGACCAUCGUGUUCGGUGCCAGCCAAGCCACCAAAACACUUAAAAUGCAAUGAAAAACAAAUUCCAAAAGUUGUACCAAUUCCAGAUGAUGAAUGCUGUAAGCACUGGGCAUGUGUUGAUGCAACAAAUGACGAUUCUGCACCUUCAUCGCACAUAUCAUCAAAUAUAGAUAGCAUAUUCAUACAUAAAAAGCCAAUUGAAAAUGAAAACAAUGAUCACAAAGAAGAGAAUGGCAUACAUCCAUUAUAUCCGACAAGCAUUGGUCAGCCGAACAAAGGUGUUCAGGUGCCAGUGAAACCGACAAAAAAACCAACGAAAACUGACACCAAAUAUCCCGGUCCAAUCAUAUCACAAGCACCAACCAAACUAGAACCGCCAACAAAAUACGACAGCUUUGACAAUUACGAUGACGUUGAUGAGGAGGAUAAUGACAAAAAACCCAUUUCACCCGAACUUGGAAAUGGAUUCUUUAAUCCAUCAUUGACGAAACAUCAGUAUCCGGACUACGAUUUUAAUGGCGAUAGCUAUCAUCGUUUGCCACCAGAAACAAAACCACAGAAACCAAAUCAAUAUAAUCCAUUCAUCAUUCAGCACGGUGAUGGAAAACACGAAUUGAUUCUAGGUGGAAAUGGCCAGAAUCAUCAUUUAAAUAUUGAACAUAUUUUACAACAAAUUCAAGGUGGAAACGGCGGAUCUGGUAUUGAUGGUGGUCAAUCACAACCUCCAUAUGGCGUACACCAUCAGGCACCAAAUGGACUAUCCUAUCCAUUUGGUAUUGGACAACAUCCAUUGUCACAAAUUCCAAAUGAAUCGAACCAAAAAAUUCCCCUUCUACCAGCUGGAUUUGGACUUUCAACCGAUAUUCAAGUUAUUGCAUUAGAGGCAGUAAACGGUCGUACAGUUCGUGUUGUGUUUAAUGUUCCACAAAUUUACGUUGGAUUACACGGACGUGUUGAAAUUCGAUACACCAAAGGAAGAAACAAUGAUACAAAUAUGUGGCAACAACAGAUCUUUGCACCACCAGAAGAUUUAAUUGCAACGUCUCAAAUGGAAUUUGAGCUGGGAAAUCUUGAUUCAAAUUCAGAAUAUCACGUUAAAAUUGCAUUGAUGUUGCAUGAUAUCAAUGCACAGCCAACAAGUAAAGUGUAUCGCGUACAAACACCAGCCGAAGCUGUAAUAACACCACCGCCCCUCAUUGACACCUAUGAAACACAACAACCGGUUAUCGGCAGUGGUAAUAUGGCUGAUAUUUUGAAAAACAUUCAAGAUCCUGAACUUCGUGCUAACGAAGUGAAUUCGACAUGGAUUCGAUUGUCUUGGCGCAAACUAAACGAAGAGGAGCUAGUCUAUGUGGAUGGCAUUCAAUUACGUUACAAAGAAGUCGGUGGAAUUAUUUACGAUGCAACACCGUUGAUUCAUCGCACAAUAAAUACAUUUACAAUUGAAAAUUUGAAGCCAGAAACUGCAUAUGAAUUUGGUCUGUUUUUCAUUCCAUUCCCUGGCCAUGGCGCUGAACUACGAGCUGGUAAAAUGCAUCAAUUGCGCACGACACCAGUUGUUGAUGUUUAUGGAUUCGAUGUGACCGUGAAUGUGACCAAAAUCAAAAUGGGUAGCGUUGAAGUGCUCUGGAGUGGCGUUCCAUAUCCGGAAGAUAAAUAUGUUAAUAUUUAUCGUACGAUUGUUCAAAGCGACAGCGGAAAAGAGGAUUCCAGUGUUUUCAAAGUGGCGAAACAUGAUUCAACUACUGGCACUUUGAUAGCUGAUUUGAAACCAGGCAUUCGUUAUCAAUUAUGGCUUGAAAUGUAUCUUACCAAUGGCAAAAUUAAGAAGAGUAACGUCGUGGAUUUCACUACAAAGCCGGGCGUCUUGGGAAAAACUGGAAAACUUUCGUCGGAUGGCGAAUUGAAUCAGGCGGGCAUGACUGGUAACUAUUAUGGUCCUUUGGUUAUUGUUUCUGUGAUUGCAGCGAUAUCAUUGAUGUCGACGCUUGUGUUGCUAUUGAUAGUAACACGAAGACGUGGUCAAUCUGCCUCAAUCACACCACCGCGAAAGAAUGAUGUUUCAUAUGACAAUCCGAGCUACAAAGUCGAACUACAACAUCAAGAAACAAUGAGUAAGUUCGACAUCAUGGAAGAAAACAAUUUACAAAAUGGUACCAAUUAAAAACUGAUUCAAUUUGCAGACCUAUAGAAUGAACGAUAAUCAACGUAACCCAUUUGAGCUUAUUUGAAAACAGAGACAAAUAAAAUAAAUGGAACGAACGAAUGAAUAAAAGUAGUCAAUGCCAAAUCAACAAAAAAA